UUCAUAAGCGCGGGGGACCUAUGAAGCGGAAUCGACUUCCGGAAGCGCUAUUUCCGGCGUGUUCUGGUCCAGUUUGCCAGCCGCCACGAUGGGGAUCUUGGAGAAGAUCGCGGAGAUCGAAAAAGAGAUCGCCCGGACGCAGAAAAACAAAGCAACGGAGUACCAUCUUGGCCUGCUGAAGGCCAAGCUCGCCAAGUACAGAGCCCAGCUCCUGGAACCAUCCAAAUCGGGCGCUGCGAAGGGCGAAGGCUUCGAUGUGAUGAAGUCGGGAGAUGCCCGAGUGGCGCUCAUUGGUUUCCCUUCUGUGGGUAAGUCUACAUUUUUGAGUUUAAUGACUUCCACGGCCAGUGAGGCGGCUUCUUAUGAAUUUACAACAUUGACCUGUAUUCCUGGAGUCAUCGAGUACAAAGGAGCCAACAUCCAGCUUCUGGAUCUUCCUGGGAUCAUUGAAGGAGCAGCACAAGGAAAAGGUCGCGGGCGCCAAGUGAUCGCUGUGGCUCGUACGUCGGAUGUUGUCAUCAUGAUGCUGGAUGCCACCAAAGGGGAAGUGCAGAGAGCUCUCUUGGAAAGGGAGCUGGAGUCGGUGGGCAUCCGGUUGAACAAAAGCAAGCCCAAUAUCUACUUCAAGCCCAAGAAAGGCGGCGGCAUCUCUUUCAACUCCACAGUGACCCUGACCCAGUGCUCCGAGAAACUGGUGCAGCUCAUCCUCCAUGAAUACAAAAUCUUCAAUGCGGAGGUGCUAUUCCGGGAGGAUUGUUCGCCGGACGAAUUCAUCGAUGUCAUUGUCGGCAACCGCGUCUACAUGCCUUGCCUUUAUGUUUACAACAAAAUAGACCAGAUCUCCAUGGAGGAAGUAGACCGUCUGGCCCGGAAACCUCACAGCGUUGUUAUUAGUUGCGGAAUGAAGCUGAACUUAGACUACUUGCUGGAGAGGCUAUGGGAAUGCCUGGCCCUGACCUGCAUCUUCACAAAGAAAAGGGGACAGAGACCGGAUUUCUCUGAUGCCAUCAUUCUCCGGAAAGGGGCCUCCGUAGAGCAUGUGUGCCAUAGUAUUCAUCGGACGUUAGCCAGCCAGUUCAAGUACAAAUCCCAUUGUCCCCCAACUGGUUAGCUGUGGAUGAUGGGACCUGACAUUGAUCAUACUAGGAGCAUGCCAGAUUACGGGAAGAUUCUGGGUUAGAUUCUUUGCAUUUUUCCAGGUGGUGCAUAUAAAUAUUGUAAAAUUAAUAUUAUAAUAAUAUAUAUUAUAUAAUAUCUUUACAGUGGUAAUUUGAGGUCUCUUAUGUCUAUCUUUUCUGCUAUUCUCACAACGACCUUGCGAUGUAGGCUAGAGCGAACCAUAUUUGGGGCCGGGCUGUGGCGCAGGCUGGUUAGCAGCCAGCUGCAAUAAAUCACUCUGACCAAGAGGUCAUGAGCUUGAGGCCAGCCUGUUGGGGUGAGCACCUGACAAUUAAAAAUAAAAUAUAGCCCCUGCUCGUUGCUGACCUAAGCAACCAGAAAGAUAGUUGCAUCUAUCAAGUAGGAAAUUUAGGUAUCACUUAUAUGUGGGGAGGCUAAUUUACGACACCAUAAAAAAAUCAUCAGUUCCAGUUGAUGAAUAUCCCCAAUCCUGAGUAAUUCCUGCUUGGUGGAAGCCAAGCUUUCCGAGGCCACAGAAUGCUCCCACCUUACCUUUGGACUUCC